CUUCACUGGUAAAUAUUGUUUUCUAUUUUCUUACGUCUGAGGAUACUCGUAUCUUUAUUUUGGGCAUUGCUCCAGACAGUACCAAUCAAGUUUCCAAUUUCAUACUAUAGAGUCAAGCUUCUCUGUCCGUUUAUAUCCCUCUUCCAUGGGAUGGAAUCUUCCCAGUUGCGGACUUUCUCGGGGGCAUCCCAUCCUGCUUCAAAGACCAUUCCGUUGGACAAGUACUCCAGUGCUGUGAGCCGUGAAGGAUCGAAACGCCAUCGCUGGGUUCAUGAUGUUCGAAAAGACUUGUUGACACUGACCUUCAAACCGGUGGAUAUCCCUAUUGAUGGAGGCAGAAUUCAGACGCACCUGUUUAUGGCCGUAACUGCUGGUAGAGAUACGUUGGAGCACCUGGAUGUCCAGAAACUCGUCAAGUGCUCUCAAGAACAUAUUGAGCGUGUUCGCAGAGGGUUAAUUGGCAGCGGCGUUGAAUCUCCUGUUCAAGUUAUUGUGAGGUUUCCCUGCGUUGCCAUGCGGUUCCCUGGCGCUCCUUCAAUGGUUCAACGGUUCCAGCUUAGGUUCAAGGAUGACAAGCAAUAUUUCGAGGCACUGAACAUUCUGAAGCGGGCGGGGCUUCAAAUAAAGGAGUCCACACAUGAACCCAAGCAAGAUGCUCCAUCUCAAGAUCGCAAUGUGGCAUACAAUCGAAGCCUGCCACCAUGCUCAACACAACCGCUCUCAGUUGGCCACCCCGAUAAUCAUCAAAAGCCACAGUUUGCUGUACCCAGCUCCGAGAGCUCUCGAAGAUUUACACAAUUCAUGAAUAGCUCAUCGAUACCUCCCAGAUCCGACACCUCAAGCUCUCUUUCUAUGAGGCCAUCCAGCACCUUCUCUGCGGAUCUGGGCGGCCCAAGGUCGAGCAGCUCCCUGGGGACUUUAUACAAAGACGACAUGGCAUCCGAUGACUUCUGUUUCCAACCACCGCCUCCAAGGCCAUUUUCAUCAACAUCAUUUAUGAAAUCUAGCCCACCUAUCUAUGCUUCUCAAAUAGAAACGCAGCAAAGAGCAACCUUGACGUCGCUUCCAUGCACUGAACUCCCCUCCGAUAUAGUCAAACCACGGAAGAAACAAGCCUAUAUACCGGAACCUAGCCUUUCCCUGCCAUCCGAUGAAGCUCUAAGUACAGGGUACGAUGUAUUGGAGAGGAGCUCAGAGCUGCCCGACACUAGACAGCCACUGCGAAGCUCCACAGAGUCGCUAACAGCCCAACCAGCACUGAAUGUCUCGAAGAUGAGGAGGUCAGCAACAACACAAUUUGAACCAAGUCAAAACUUGGGUUAUAGCAAUGAGCCUCUGCACCUGGCGCGACAAAGUUCAUUGUCUUUCAGUACCACAAGACCAAUGUCAGUUCCAACGGUAGGCGACGACCUUCAUAUAAGCCAGUGGAUACCCCCAAAACGUGAACUUCCAUUCCCAAAGCGCAGAGAGCCAAAGAAGGCUUUGGAAACUGCCAAGAAACCUAAUAAAGGCACUGAAGAUGGUUCAAUGCUUCCACCUGAAAGCACCGAGGCCCCUAGGAGCCUAGCAAACACCACGACACUCCCAAGCAAGCAGGCAGAACAACAAGACAAACGAGUGACAGUGCAAAGAACAAACACACCUCCAACUUCGAAGUUAUCAACAGUUCUAGAGGUCCCUGACUCAGAUGAGGCAAGGCCAACAAAUGCACUUCGAAAUUCAGUGUGGCAGGAAGAGCCGUCUCCCCUUGCUUCGAAAAGCGCUGCUAUUAAGAGGCCUUCCACAGCCCCUGGUUUGAAGUCGAAAGCAAUGACCUCUCGCAAGCGACCAAACGAAGAAGCUCCAAAAUGGGCAUUAGCUAAAAGAGUUAAGAUGGUUGACUCUAGUACACAGACGCAGACGUUAUCUGGGCGUGACCACACGGCUGCAAUUUCCAGAACCUCGACGAUACCAGUGGAGCCGGUUUUGCCGGCUCCAGUUACAGUUCCUGCUCCGGAGCCACCCGCACCACCUCGUGAGGCUGUUUUUGAGGCUAAAGGGCCGAUAGAAGGUUUUCUGGACGAGGUUGGUCGUUUUGUCCCGAAGGACAGCGGUAGAAUCAAGCCUGUUGAGCUAUAUGAAGUAUCAUUCUGGGACAAGGAAAAGGAGGGAGAGCGACAAUCCAUGACUGAAAGCUGGAUAUGCGAGCAGAUUGAUGAUCCAGCGUUCAUAGAAAUGUGCAAGCAUGUGAAUGAGGUGUGGAAAAAAAUUGGCUUCAAGACUUAGUGUGAUUCAGGAAAGAUUAGAGGGGGGUAUUGUUAUCAUUUUGGCAACGAGGUUGGGAGAAAUAGCACGCAGCGUCGAUCAGGUGCUAUUCAUUGGGGGUUUUAUUGUUAUGGGUGCUUACGGUUGCUGGAGAUAGAUUUACUUGGGCUACUUGCUUGGCUGGAUAUUGUUCUUAUACCCUGGGGGGCAUCUGAAAAGGGAUAUUAUAUAGCAGAUUGGCUAUAUACUAGAGCUAGGAUAUAGCUUUAUAUUUUACAGCUAAUAAUUAGAGAG